AUGUCGUACAGGAAUGUAUUUUUUUGCAUGGAACAUUAUGUCGAUAGUCCAUCAUCGAUUUCCUUGUUCUUUUUGAAAAUGGAACAGAUUCUAAAAGUGUUUAUUCAACCUGCGAAAUACUGCGUGAUAACUCAAUGUCCUCCUUAUUUUUGCUGUUUUCUGGAAAUAACAUCCAUAUUCUUUGUAAUUCUAUUACUUCACAACAUCCCACGCCAUAAGAAGUCUAUUUCCAAAAGAACUUCACACUCUCUUGGCAACUCAACCUCCAAUCUCCUAAAAUAUUAUGAUGCUAUCACUGCCCUAACCUUCUCCAUUCUCAUUAACGCAAUUCAACAUUUGUUUUCCCACAAUCAAGUAUUUUUACCCUUCUAUCAUCUAUUCCUCUUUCCUUCCAAAUCUCCUUUCAAUUAUGUGUUUGUCACACAAUCACAUUCUUCUUACUACUCCUAUUACAUUAUCAAUUCUUUUUCCUUUGUAUGUCGAAUCCACUCCAAAUAUUAA